AUGGAGAAGAAAAGACGGGCGCGGAUCAAUUUCUCUCUGGAACAACUCAGACUUCUGCUGGAAAAACACUAUUCCCACCAGAUCCAAAAACGCAAACUGGAGAAAGCAGACAUUUUGGAGCUGAGCGUCCAGUACAUGCAAAGCCUCCAGCGCUCUGCCCAAGGAACGCCGGGGCUAAAGAACGCCGAAUACCAGGCGGGGUUCUGGAGCUGCCUGCAAGGUGUGCGCCAGUGUCUUCUGCCCCCUGAAGCACCCGGUGAAGGCUCGGGGCCCCAGCUGCUGUGUGAACUCGCUCAUGUUCUGCCCGGCAGCGGGGUUGGCAGCACUUUCAGCACCACGGACAGCGACCCUCCACCCACAAGCACCAGAGCCUGGCUGGACGGCCCACGAGCACCUCCCGCACCCGGGCCCUGGAGAGCUCAGGGGCCACCCAAACCUUCCGCUCCAGCCUGGGCAGGUGAAGGCACCCUUCCCUCAAUGGGAGAUCGGUGGCGGGCAAUCGGCGAGCAGCAGAACCGUCCAGCUGUCCUCCAGCGGAGCCCCCAGCUGUGGCGACCCUGGUAG